CAGACCCACGCUGAGAGACAGCUCAGGGGACAGUCUGAGGGCUAGGACCCUGCACGAGGGGUUUGAACACUUGUGGCCCCUGACUGCCCCAAGUCUGUAUUGGACUCGUAUUCUGGCCCAGCAGUGGCCACCUGGCCGACGUGCACUUGAGGGAACAGUGAGCCUUCCGUAGUGGAGCCAGGACACGAGGUGGUAGGCAGCCUCCACUCCAGGCACCACAGACCUCACAUCCCAGGGAGACUCGAAGGUGGCCAUCACUCCUUGGUCCACUGUGCCCUGGACACAGGAGGCUGGAGGAGGCCACCCUUGGCACUGCCCGCCCCGUGUGGCACAACAGGAGCCCGCAACUCAGGACCACUCAUGGGUGGGGAGGGCAAGGCCUGGGGUUGUAUGUCCCUACAAGUCUACAGUGACAGCCUGGACAUCUGGCAUCUCCGGAGCGGGGCUCCCCUCUUAGGCUCAGCCCACUCUCCAGACACCUGGACACAUGGCCCCAGGUCUGGAACAAGAGGCACCCACAGGCCAUGUGAAAUUAAAAAAAAAAGUGCCUGAGAGGUGUCUGCAUGCAGUUCCUAUUCAGGCCAGCUCCAGGCUGAAAAAGCAGGGGUUGGCGGAUGGGGGUCAGCCCUGCGGCCUCCGCCAAGAAGGGUACAAGGCAGGGAUUGGGCCCCUUGCCUGGAAGGAGCUGCCUUGCUCCUCCAACCGACUUUGCUGUUUGUUUGCUGGAAUUUCACGCAUACUUCUCACACAAGGGACGUGGGCUUUGCUGGAAGUUCUUUUUAUUGAUCCAGAAAGCUGGGAAAGCAGGCAGCUCCUGGCAGAGCCACAUUCAGUGAGGAGAGCCUGCUGUCCUGGGCGCUGCCUCCUGUCACGCCUAGCCUCUCCCCAGCUGGGGCUUAAAUGUCAACUGAUGGGGCCAUCCGCCGUGGGUGGGGCGUGGGGAGUCGGUUCUGGUGGACCCACUACAACCAGAAGCAACACUACCACCACCACCAACAACAACAACAACAACAACAACCACCACCACCACAGAAGAGCUCCCAGGUUGCAACCAGAUGGGCAGUUGUGGGAACUGGCUGGCAGGUGGGCCCUUUGGGGCGGGGGAGUUGGGGACCAUGACAAGCCGGAGUUUCAAUGGCACAUGCAAGGAAGAGUUGGCGGGCUAGUCCAAGGCCACACAGCUGGAGUGGGGCGAGGCUGGGAUUCAGACCCUGCCCCGUCUGCCUCUAGAGCCCCCCUUUAUCAAUACCCUGAGUUUGGUCUCAUCCAUGGUAAUUUACAGGGCACCAGGCCCACCGGUGUGACAUGGACAGAGGUGACCUGAAGGAUGGGAAGAUGGUUAAGGGCUGCAUGCCAGGCUUCAGUCCCUGUGAAGCCCCCAUCCUCACCCUGUCCAGUCCAGGAGGGGGGGACUCGAACAAGGGGCCUUUGCUUCCUGGGACACAGGACUGGGUUCCGUCCAUGGGAGUCUGGGCAUUGGGGGUGACCUGUCACUCCCAGGUUUAGCCCAUGUCACUGCCACACUGCCAGUUUCCCAAGGGAGGAGACAGGUCCAGAAGAACUUAAGAAACUCGCAGAAGGCCACGGUGGGAGGUGGAGUCAGAGUCAGGGCUGGGACGGGAUAUCAUAGCUGCAAAAGUUUGGAAAUCAUAGCCCGUAAGUCUCGGAUUCCCAAGUCCCAGGUCAGAGCUUCUCCCCCAGGAGAAUCUCCCCCAGGCUGCCUGGAUGCGGAAGAGCUCAGUGUGGGAAGAACCCAGGAAGGGGUGGGGAUCGGGGGAGGAAUUUUGAGCAGGGGGGAAGUAAUGAGCAUGUCACGCGUUGCACGUGGGCCUGAAACGAAGGACUCGACCCUUUCAGCCCUUCCGGAAGGGUUAAGAUGCUCGCGAGGAUAAGCAAGCGAUUGAGUCCUGAGUAAAUACGGACUGGAUGGCGCCUCUAAUUGAAACAAGACAAGAGUGAGAGAGCAAACGCCCAAACAAGAACGAGAGAGCCCCAAAUAAGAAUGAGAGAGCAAACAAGGCACUUCCGCCCGGAAGGAGGCCAAUGAAAGGCACUUCCGCCAUCUCUUAAGAUGGCGCCGGCGGAAGGGGCGGAGAACUGCUGGGUGGUGAUGGCAGCGUCGAGGCUGGAGCUGAACCUGGUGCGGCUGCUGUGCCGCUGCGAGGCGAUGGCAGCGGAGAAGCGGGACCCGGACGACUGGCGUCUAGAAAAGUACGUGGGAGCCCUCGAAGACAUGCUGCAGGCCCUGAAGGCACAAGCGAGCAAACCGGUCUCCGAGGUGAUCAAUGAAUAUUCUCGCAAGGUAGAUUUUCUGAAGGGGAUGCUGCAGGCAGAGAAGCUGACCUCCUCCUCAGAGAAGGCACUAGCCAACCAGUUCCUGGCCCCUGGCCGAGUACCAACGACAGCCAGGGAACGGGUACCUGUCACGAAGACAGUACACCUACAGUCACGGGCACGGUACACCAGUGAGAUGCGGAGUGAGCUGCUAGGAACGGACUCUAGUGAAGAGCCUGAACUGGAUGUGAGGAAGAGAAUUGGGGUGGCAGGGCCCAGGCCAGGCGAUGAGAAGCAGUCAGCAGCCGAGCUAGACCUUGUCCUGCAGCGACACCAGAACCUCCAGGAGAAGCUGGCGGAGGAGAUGCUAGGCCUGGCACGUAGCCUCAAGACCCACACACUGGCUGCCCAGAGUGUCAUCAAGAAGGACAACCAGACCCUGUCACACUCACUCAAGAUGGCCGACCAGAACCUGGAGAAGCUGAAGACAGAAUCUGAACGGCUGGAGCAGCACACACAGAAGUCAGUCAACUGGCUGCUCUGGGCCAUGCUUAUUAUCGUCUGCUUCAUCUUCAUCAGCAUGAUCCUCUUCAUCCGUAUCAUGCCCAAACUCAAAUAAAGACCUGGCCUCGC